CUUUAUAAAGUGAUGAGACCAUCCAAAAAGACAAAAAGAAAAAUCCCAAACCACAGAGACAUUCAUUCUGUCACCAUGUUAAAAGGAGCCCUGUUGACAUUAGGCCUGUUCAUGAUAUUUGUGCACCUUGCACAGUGUGCUGACAGUCAUUCUUCACUUUAUGGGGUGAAACUGUGUGGAAGAGAGUUCAUACGAGCCGUCAUUUUCACAUGCGGUGGUUCUCGCUGGAGAAGAAGUGUGGAAGACUCAGGCCUCAUUGGAGAAGAAAUCCUGGAUCCGUGGCAGGCGAAUCAAAUCCCUCAGCUUUCUGUACAAGAUCCUGCUAAUUCCCAAGCACUGAAAGAUCAAGUGAUGAAUGCUGUUGGGUUCAGCCGCUCAGCUCGCUCACCGCUCUCAGAGGAAUUGCUGGAGGCCCUGCAGGGGGCAGGCAGGAAAGGACGGGAAGCAGAGUUUGGACUGUCCAACGCUUGCUGCAAGUGGGGAUGCAGCAAGAGUGAGAUCAGCUCUCUUUGCUGAAGAUAAUUUACCGCCCUUAACUGGCCGACAUGCAGAUUUUUUUGAAAGAAAAAGCCAUGUUAAAACUAAAGAUUUUCCAUAUGCUAAUGGAAAAAAAAUUUGUG